AUGACUAGAAGCAACGAAAUAGAAGGUAAUACGGUCGAUUUACAGCCCAAUACUCCUGUUGUGAUUGAACAUCCCUGCCUAGAGUGUGGCGAGCCCGGAGAGCUAAGAUUACUUUUGGUUCCCGAUUUAUUCUUUCCCGAUUCAGUUCUUUCAUCAACUAACUGUUUAGCUUGUGGUUAUAAAGAUACUCAAGUGUAUCAGAUGGAUAGUGCAUCAGCUGGAGUUAAAGUUAUUUGUGAUUUUGCUACGAAAGAAGAUCUGAGGCGGUAUAUGAUUAUUGCAGCUGGUACAGAGAUUAAUAUUGAAUCGGAGCAGCAGGGUGUGUCUUUUGUGCAGAAGGAAGAUGGAGUUUGGGUGGUGGAGAGUUUAAUUAGGUAUGUUUUGGAGAAGAUCAUUUCCCAAGGGACUUAUCCUGAGGAUGAGUUGCAAGAAGAGGAAAUGGAAGGUUUAGGGGAGUAUAAGGAUAUUGCGGUUUUCUUAUUACAAUCAAUGGAUGAUAUUAAUUUGACUUUGACCUUAAAAGAUAACAAAGGAGUUUCCCGAGUUAUGCCACGAGGAGUUAUACCAGAAGAAGGUCUUAAAGUUCUUCCUUUUGAUUACUUCAUUGAUGAUCAGGUGAAGAUGGAGAGUUUUGAGUUACCACAAGAACCGGUGGCAGUGGAAGAGACUCCAGAUGAAUCUUUUGAGGCUGAGAAGUCUUCUGAGGAGCAAUAG